AUGUCGCGUAACAUCAUGCCACUCGACCAACUUCUGGUGGAGCAAAGUAGGAACGACGACGUCUCCUGCGAUCAGCAAGAUGCUCCCGAGGACGAACCUGCUCAGGAGACAGCAGAAAUCAACCAGAACAUGGAGACCGAUGUGAGCACCCACUCCGACACGCAGACCGUGCAAUCCAACAAAGAUGACACCAAUGACAAGCAAGAUAGCCAACCCAACAAGAAGGCCAAACGACAAAUCAGUGAUCGGCAGCGCAAGGCACUCGAGCAGUCUAGGAACAAGAAACAGGCAAAGGCACAGGAGCGACGAGAGCGUGAACGCCGCGAACACUUUGAAGCCAUGAAAGAACACCGCAUGCAGGAACUGGAUGACUUCUUCAAAUCUCGCCUCCCAAACUACCUUGAAGACUUUCUGAAGCAGAAGAAGGCAGUAUCGCGGGAGGCUUCCGCAUCAUCAUCAUCAUCAUCUUCCCAAUCGCAGCGGCAGCCUAAGCCAACACAACACCGACAUGCCCGUCAGCCUGAUCGUGCUAUGCCCCCACCCCGAGCCCCUGUCAACAAGUACUCCAAGCUGUUCCGCAGGUGA